CGCUCUCUCACUCUUAAACCCUUUAAAGUUUAAACCUCUGGUGAACACAAAGAAGGUCCAACGAAACGAAGAUGCAGGGUGUUGUAAGAAAAGUAACCAGGAUAGUUUCACACACACAAUUUCGCUCGCAGCUUGCAGGUUUUCGUUCCUAUUGCACUGAUAGGGUUCUUGUUGAUAUUGGACAACCAACCUCUGCUUCUCAUCCGCAGUUACUAAAAGAUGGGGAGCUCACACCGGGCAUAUCUACAGAGGAAUACAUCCUACGAAGAAAAAAGUUGUUGGAACUUCUUCCAGAGAAGAGUUUGGCAAUCAUUGCUUCUGCCCCAGUAAAGAUGAUGACAGAUGUUGUGCCUUAUACAUUUCGACAAGAUGCUGAUUACUUGUAUAUCACAGGCUGCCAACAACCUGGUGGUGUGGCCGUUUUAGGACAUGACUGUGGUUUAUGCAUGUUCAUGCCAGAAGCUAAGCCAUAUGAUGUGAUUUGGCAAGGGCAGAUAGCAGGGGUUGAUGCAGCAUUAGAUACAUUCAAGGCUGACAAGGCAUAUCCAAUGAGAAAAUUGCAUGAGAUCCUUCCAGAUAUGAUAAGGGGAUCAUCAAAAUUGUUCCACAAUGUUCAGACAGCAACUGCGGCAUAUAUGGAACUGGAAUCUUUCAAAAAGCUAGCUUACUGUAACAAUGUUAGGGAUCUAGCUGUUUAUACCCAUCAAUUGCGAUGGAUAAAGUCACCAGCAGAGCUCAAGCUGAUGAAGGAAUCUGCAUCAAUUGCUUGUCAGGCUCUUUUGUUGACAAUGCUGCACUCAAAGACAUACCCUUUUGAAGGUAUGCUAGCGGCAAAGGUUGAAUAUGAAUGCAAAAUUAGAGGUGCCCAGCGGAUGGGAUUCAAUCCUGUGGUUGGUGGUGGGCCUAAUGGAAGUGUUAUACAUUAUUCUAGGAAUGAUCAGAGAAUUAAACAAGGAGAUCUUGUUUUGAUGGAUGUUGGAUGUGAGUUACAUGGUUAUGCCAGUGAUCUUACUCGUACCUGGCCACCUUGUGGUAGCUUUUCUUCUGCCCAGGAGGAGCUUUAUGAUCUUAUACUGGAAACGAAUAAGCAUUGUGUGGAACUUUGUAAGCCUGGUGCCAGUAUUAGGCAAAUACACAACCAUUCGGUUGAAAUGCUGCAGAAAGGACUCAAGGAUCUUGGGAUUUUGAGAGAUGUUAGAAGCAGUUCGUACCAUAAGCUGAACCCGACUUCUAUAGGUCACUAUCUAGGGAUGGACAUUCAUGAUUGUUCAAUGGUCAGCUUUGACUGUCCUCUGCAGCCAGGUGUUGUGAUAACUAUUGAACCAGGGGUGUACAUUCCAUCUUCUUUUAGUUGUUCAGAGAGGUAUCAAGGCAUUGGGAUACGGAUUGAGGAUGGGGUUCUUAUCACAGAAACUGGUUACGAGGUCCUAACAGCAUCAAUCCCAAAAGAAAUGAAGCAUAUUGAGUCCUUGCUAAACAAUUUCUGCCAUGGAAUGGGGUCUGUGGACACUCAAAACAACUAAAGAGGUAGGCCACAGGACAGUGAAUCAUUGAAACGUGCAUGGCAUUUGACCGGAGCAGCAACUGAAUUUUUAUCCUUUAUUUUGGUCUUCUGCAUGAUUUUUCAACAUGGGAAAAAUGAUAUAUUUUCUUUUAUUUGAUUGAAGAGGUAAAUGAAGAGUUUGUUUCUUUUUUGACUUUAACUAAACCUUCAUUUUUUUUUUCCAUUUUUUUUUCCUCUUUGUAUUUUGAACCAAUAAGAAUCUUAGUUUGUUGCUAUUCCUUUGGCUUGACGUGUUCCCCAAUCUUUUGUGCCCAAUGAUGGCUCAUUUCCUGCCUGGUGUUGUAAAUAAUUGAUGAUUAACAAAUGGCCGACUUCAUAUAGUUCAUUACUGUUGGAAUGUGA